GUAGGCUCAACGGCAAUGGAGGGGCUCGAUUCGCCCAUUUGGGACAAUUUGUGGAGAGCUGUCUCUUGGUGCUUUUAGUCACCGCGGCAUUUGGUCAGACGACGAGCGAUUGCUCGUGGGGGGGCAAUUGCACAAAUACCAUGCCCUGACAAACCAAUUGCAAGACUUGACAUCAAAUUGUCGAGCUUACCAUAAUCAUUGCAUCUGUGCAAUCAUGGGAAAGAUUUCAAAGAUUGAAUACUUCCGAGUGCCCCCUCGCUGGCUCUUCGUCAAGGUUACCGACGAAGACGGUAACUUCGGCUGGGGUGAAGCCUCCCUCGAAGGCCACACUCAGGCGGUUGAAGGAUGUCUCGAUGCAUGGGGCGAACGUUACACUGGCUUCGAAGCAGAUGAGAUCGAGCACAUCUGGCAGACGUCCUGGCGCACUUCUUUCUACCGCGGUGGACCCGUCUUCAUGAGCGCGCUGGCAGGAAUCGACAUUGCACUCUGGGAUCUCAAGGCGCGCAAACUCAACGUUCCGAUCUACCAGCUCCUCGGCGGCAAGGUCCGUGAUAAGCUCAAGGUGUACGCCUGGAUCGGAGGUGACCGACCAGACGAUGUGAGAGCACAAGCCCAAGCGCGUAAAGACCAGGGCUUCACAGCCGUCAAGAUGAACGCCACAGAAGACCUGCACUGGCUCGACUCGCCCAAGGCCCUUGACUCGGCUGUGGAGCGGCUCAAAACAGUGAAGGAGCUCGGCAUGGACGCUGGCAUGGACUUUCAUGGACGCGUGCACAAGCCGAUGGCGAAGCAGCUCGCUGCCGCUCUGGAACCGCACCACCCGUUGUUCAUCGAGGAACCGCUUCUGUCCGAACACAUUGGCGGCAUCGUGCAACUCGCGCAAACAACGACGUGCCCGAUUGCACUUGGCGAGCGCCUGCACAGUCGGUGGGAUGUGCGGCCGUUCCUAGAGGCGAACUGCGUGGACAUUCUACAGCCGGAUAUCUCGCACAUCGGCGGCAUCAGCGAAAUGAAGCGCAUUGCGGCCAUGGCGGAAGUUUAUGAUGUCGCGCUUGCGCCGCAUUGUCCGCUAGGCCCCAUUGCGCUGGCUGCGUGUGUCCAGGUUGAUGCUACUGUGGCUAAUUUUGCAAUCCAGGAGAUGAGUUUGGGCAUUCACUACAAUGCAGGCAGUCAAGAUUUGACGGCCUACACAAAGAACCCUGAGGUUUGGAAUGUGAAAGAAGGUUAUAUUGAUUUGAUGAAGGGGCCUGGACUGGGCAUCGAGAUUGACGAGGAGCAAGUCAGGAGGUUGAGUAAGGACGCCGUAGCGUGGGUUAGCCCAGGCUUCAUUGGGCCAGGAGGCGAGGUGAGGGAGUGGUAAGGCAAGGGAGAUGAUGCAAGAAAACCUGAAACGACUUAUAGAUUUCCAAAACUUCUGCAAAAUCCGAUGCCAAGAUGCUUAUAACUGUGGUGAGAGCCUAGG